UUCGGUAAACUAGGAUUUUUCUGAAGCAUGAUGUUUAGUGUGCGUAAAUUUACGAAACCGCUUCUUCGAAAUUUCGUCAUAUCGACCAGUAAGUUUAGCGUGAGAUGCUCCUCGCAAUAUUACAGAAUAGAUGAGAAUAUGUUUGGACUGAGUGAUCAACAGAAACAGCUGCGACAUUUGGUAUUUGAUUUUGCUCAGAAAGAGCUUGCACCAAAGGCUGCCGAGAUCGACAGGAAGAAUAAUUUCGACGAUCUUCGAUUAUUCUGGAGAAAACUGGGAGAUUUAGGUUUAUUGGGAAUAACGGUACAUUCGAACUAUGGUGGUACAGGUGGAACAUAUUUCGACCACGUGAUCAUUAUGGAAGAAUUAAGCAGAGCGUCGGGAUCUAUAGCGCUCAGUUAUGGCGCGCACUCGAAUUUGUGCAUUAAUCAAAUCCACAGAAACGGAACGGAGGAACAGAGGCAUAAGUAUUUGCCAAAGUUAUGCAGCGGAGAAAAUAUCGGAGCGCUCGCGAUGUCGGAAUCGGGUUCCGGAUCUGACGUAGUCUCCAUGAAAUUACGCGCCGAGAAGAAGGGUGACUAUUACAUUUUAAACGGCAACAAAUUUUGGAUCACAAAUGGCCCCGACGCCGACACCCUCGUCGUUUACGCGAAAACGAAUCCAAACGCGGACAAGCCGCAACAUGGCGUUACGGCUUUCAUCGUGGAGCGAGAAUUCGAAGGUUUUAGCACGGCUCAAAAGUUGGAUAAAUUAGGAAUGCGAGGUUCUAACACGGGCGAGCUCGUUUUUGAAGAUUGUAAAGUUCCAGCGAAAAAUAUACUUGGAGAAGUAAACAAAGGCAUAUAUGUCCUCUUCAGUGGUCUAGAUCUGGAGAGAUUGGUACUAGCGGCCGGUCCUUUGGGAAUCCUCCAAGCGUGCUGCGACGUGGCAUUCGAUUAUGCGCACACGAGGAAACAAUUUGGUAAACGCAUUGCGGAAUUUCAACUGAUACAGGGAAGAAUAGCGAACAUGUACACCAGUCUGAGUGCUUGCAGAAGUUACUUGUACUCCGUAGCAAGAUCUUGCGAUGCGGGACACGUAAAUCGAAAAGACUGCGCCGCGGUUAUACUUUACACCGCCGAAAGAGCUACCGAAGCUGCCUUAGACGCGAUCCAAAUACUUGGUGGAAACGGCUAUAUAAACGAUUAUCCCACGGGAAGGCUCCUGAGGGAUGCUAAACUGUACGAGAUUGGCGCCGGUACCAGUGAAGUUCGCCGAAUGGUAAUCAGCAGAGCGAUCAGCGAGGAAUAUUCAUGAGAAGAAAUAUUUUAUCUUCCUCGAUAAAAGAUUAUUUUUU